CCUCAACUUGAGCACAAGUCCGAAAAUUCAAUAUUGCAGUACAUUGCAGUACAGUACAUCAUGGUGGCUCGUUCUAAAUUAGUAGCUUAUCAUCCAGUCCAUGGAUACCCUAUACACCCAACACAGGAUCUAAAAACUAUUAAGAGAAAUGCCAGAGAGAGAAACAGAGUUGAAACUGUUAAUAGAAGUUUUGAAACCUUAAGACAACAUGUACCAACUGCUCUACAGUACAAGAAGAUGUCUAAAGUUAAUAUUGUACACCAUGCUUUAGAUUAUAUUCAUCAGCUAAUGUACAUGUUGAAUGCUCCACAAUAUUCACCGAACCCGGGAUGUUCACCAGAAUUAUAUCAUCAAUUCACCAGACAACAGCAUAUUCAUUAUUCACCAGGCUCAGAUAUUCAUUCUUCAAAUUCAUUUUCCCAUUCAUCAAGUCCUGCAGUGAGUUCUAAUUUAGUGUCUUCUUCAACACAUCUUUGGAGACAACAGCAACAGCUGACUUCGCCGGCAAUCAGCUGUGAUUCUGCGUACAGCCAGUCGUCACUGUACAGUCCUGAUUCUGCGUACUGUAGUGCGGCAAGCCAGAGACUCCAUGAACCAAGUGUACAUAGUGAACAAACAGCUGACAUUGUACAAACACAGGCUUUGGAUCAAACCAAAUUGUACAAUUCUGAGAAAAUCUCCGAGAUGAGUCAAUCCAAGCAGUACAUUUUGGAGAAAAUCUGCGAAUCUAAAGAGUUAAAACAGUACAGCUCAGAGGAAGACGACGUUUUAGACGCCAUUGUAGAAUGGCAGUCUGUCUAAAACAAUUCGCUCUUUAAUCUUAAUAUUGGCUGUGAAAUUUCCAAAACUAUGCUUUUACA